UCUGGUUCGACUUGAGUUUCGAAGAGAUAUCGUUAUUCUUGCUAGAGAAAAUUGGAAAGAAGGCUUUAAACUUCUAAAUAUGUCAGAUUCUUUACAUAAGGAGAGAUAUCCUUGGAGCUCUCGAGAGAUCGAGAUAUUAAUCGCUUUGUGGGAUAACGAAGAAGUUUUGUAUAAUACACGAUGUGCCGACUAUUUCAAGCGCGACAAAAGAAUCGAAGCGUUGGAUAGAAUAAGCGACACGCUCAAAAUACCAAUUCCAGAAAUUCGAAAAAAGAUGACAAAUUUACGAACAUAUUAUGGCAAAGAACUAUGGAAAGAAAAGAAGGCGCAAACGAAUGGAGAUGAGACAGAUCCAGCUAAGGGAUACACUUCAAGGUGGCUUUUUUUUAAGCCACUGAGCUUUUUGCGAGAUAACUGUAAUCCUAGACCUAAUACUAAAACUUGCUUAGAUGAACAGUGUAUUAGAGACGACAGUGGAGACCAGGUGUACGUCUUACAUAAUGGUGAAGAUGAUAGUAACGAUCGUGAUGAUUCUUGGGAUGAAUCAAAUUUACUUGCUUCUUUAACUUCAGUUGAUGAUGAAAAAGAAGAAAGAAAAGAAGAUAAAAGAAUGAAUUCUGUAUCAAGUGAGCAUAAACAGGAUAAUAGGCCAGUGUCUAAAAAGACAGAAAAGAGGAAGAAAUCUGGGGGAGAUUUAGAAAAUGUUAUUGCCAAGUUACAAAGAUCAUCAAAAACUGAAACACAAAAAGAACAGAAGAAUCAAGGAGUUUCAAUCACAGAGCUUAUGUCAGGAAACCCAGAUAUGGUAUUUGCUCAUCAUGUUGGAUUGACAUUGAUGAAUAUAACAAAUCCAAGAAUAAAAGACUUGACAAAAUUGAAAAUUCAACAGGUUCUUUAUGAGACUCAAUAUGUAAAGGAUACACCCCAAUCAGUACAAGCUUGUCCAAUCACAGGAUUGCCAGGAAGUACAUGUUAGCAUACUUGAGAAAGUGCAUUUUACAUAUAUAAUAAUUAAAUAGUAAUGAACUAUAUCAAUUAUUACUUAUUUUAUUGAUGGAUAUAGGAGGACUUAUGCACUUGUCAUCAGCUUCCACGAGGGGGGGACCCCGGGCAAAUGUGGGGACUUUGCUUUGAGACCCGGGGGGGUACUCCGCCAGAAUUUGGGUAGGGGUGUUCCGCUGGGAUUCUG